AUGCAUGUAUGCUUAUCGUAUUAUGAACAAGAUUUAAAUGAUUUUAUACUUGGUGUACGAUUAGAAAAAAUGGCAUCAUUGUCUACUUUUCCAAAAUAUAGUAGUCACAGUGAAAUUGGAUUUUAUCCAGGACAAAAAUCACAACCACAACCACAGCUUAAACAUUAUCCAUUUGGAAGAAAUAGUCAAACAACAUUUGUUGAUGAAAAUGAACUACAGGAAUUAAUCACAAAAGGUCGAGCUCCAUCACCCAAUUUAGAUAUGAAUGCCCCGCCACCGAUUACGUCAAAUUAUAAUGCUAAUACUUUCCCAUCAUCCGCACAAUCUGAAUCAUAUACACAAAAUAGUAGUACUAAUUAUGCUACUAAUUAUACCCAACCUACACAAUAUCAAUAUCAAAGUAACCCUAACAUAAAUGGAACAUAUCAACCACAGCAACAACAGAACGGAGGAACAAAUUAUGAUUUUCAACGUUUCUAUGGACCUAAAAAUCAACAAAACACACCCAAUAUACAAACGAAUCCAACGAAUCCACAACAACAAUCAAUACCAAAUCCAAUCAAGGGAGAUGCACAUGAUCCAUUUCUACUAUUUGAUCCAAAUAAAGAGGGUCAAAAUGUGUUUAACGUCAUCCCGCAACAAGAAAUGUAUGAUCCAUGGGGAAGACCAGGUGCUGGUGCGCCAUUGAUUCAUUCCACGACUGGACAAAAAUUUACGCGUUACAGUGGAAGUUUACAAGAUAAAUUGAAUACGAGAGAACCACUAGGUUUUUAUCGACGUGUAUACCCAGAAAAUAUUGAAGAACAAAAACGAGAUUUGGAAUUAGAACAAUUAAGACGUCGUGAAGAAGAUAUUAUUCAGAAGUCAAACCAAGAUGAUCAAGAACGUCGAGUAACAUAUCAUGAUCUUUAUGUACCAUCACACUGGACGGCUGGUGAUACAGCUGAUUGGAUCAAUCAAUUGGAAAAUUAUCGAUAUCCAUUAAGAAAAUCAUUACCAACGACAGACACAACGAGAGAAAAUAUAGGUGCACGACGAUUUAAGUCUGAUGCUAGUCGUGUUCUUCAUGCCGAUUUAGUUCAACAAGCAGAAGAACGAGCUCGUUAUCAAAAAUUAAAUAAAAUGCAUAACAAUGUACAAGAUCUUCAACACACGGAAUCUAUGAAUAAUUGGUGGGGAAAAGGUGGUGGUGGUGCACCGGGUUAUACAAAUCGACGACAUAAUGUUGAUCAGAGUUUUGAAAAGCCAAGAAGCAGUUGGACAAAAGAUCAUACAGGACGUUUGAUAAUGACUGAACAAGAUCCCCAAGACAUUGUCAAAACUAUGCCGGUGUCUCAAACAGAUUUCUAUUAUCCAAAACAAAAACGUUUGAGCAAUCAUCGAAAUAAUUAUCAAAUCUAUGAAGAUUUGUAA